AUGGCGGAAAGGGGGAAAGGCGACGCCGGCGGCGGCGGCGGGGGUGACAGCGGCGACAACGGUGGCAGUGGCGACUGCAGCGGCGGGGGCAACGAGCAGAGGGGAGACGACGAUUAUUGGCAUAAGAUGGUUGGUCCAGAUGAUAUCCCUAUUUGGGUGGAGGAUAUUGUUGAGGUUGCUGAUGCUGAUGGCAAUGUCAAUGGCAAUGGUGGUGAUGGCCCUGGUGCUGAUCGCAAUGGUGCUGAUGGGGAUGGCAAUGUAGUUGCAGGUCCCGAAGAUGAACCAAUUGGGGUGAAUGAAGGACACUUGUAUGGAGUUGUAGAUCUUGAAUCUCAAAAGGAGGGGACUGGGAGAAUCCUACAUUUGUUGUAG